GCCAUUGUCCUGAGCCCCUCCGCAGCGUAGCGACAGCCUCCAGACUGCGGCGACGCUCACCUAGCUGAAAAUGACCGGGCCGCUGGCGUCCGCCCCCGAGGCGCGUUUAGACACCGACCCCGCGACAGCAGCGCAGCCAGGGCCGGCCGCGCCAGUACUGCCCACAGUGGCCACAGCACCGGCCGCCGCACCGCUCGCAGCCACCCCGCACACAACAGCGCCGUCGCAGCCCCCGCAGAGCGCAGCGUCGCACACAGAGACCCCGCCAGCAGCGCCGCCAGCAGCACCGCCAGUAGCGCUGCCAGAAGACCCCGUCGCCCCCGAAGACCCCGCCGCCGGCGGCGCACUGCAGCCCGUCACGCACCUCGAGCCCGACUCCGGCAGCGACACGGACAGCGCCUUCGACGCCGGCAGCACCGCCAGCACGUCGCUCGCCUCGUCGAUCCUCAACUACGAGUACUCCAAUGGCCGCCGCUACCACGGCUACCGCUCCGGCGCCUAUGUGCUGCCCAACGACGAGCAGGAGCAGGACCGCCUCGACCUGCUGCACCAUAUCUUCACCCUGAUCCUGGGCGGCAAGCUGUACGACGCCCCCAUCUCGCCGCCGCCGCGCCGCGUGCUUGACAUUGGCACCGGCACCGGCAUCUGGGCAAUCGAUUUUGCUGAUGAGAGCCCUGAAACUGAGGUGCUCGGCACCGACCUCAGUCCCAUCCAGCCGACGUGGGUGCCGCCCAACGCAAAGUUCUACAUCGACGAUGCCGAGAGCGAAUGGGUCUACAGCCCGGACGAGCAUUUCGACUUCAUCCACGUGCGCACCCUGAGCGGCGCCAUUGGCGACUGGGACCGCCUCACCCAGCAGUGCUACGCCAACCUGCAGCCCGGCGGCUGGCUGGAGUUCCAGGAGCCCGUGGCCCUGUGCGAGAGCGACGACGGCACCAUCGAGACCGCCCACGCCAUGCUGCGUUGGCAGGCCCUGUGCAACGAAGCCUCCAAAGUCUUCGCCAAGGAGAUCCGCGUCGGCCAAACCCUGGCCCAGCGCAUGCGCGACGCCGGCUUUGUCGACGUCGCCGAGAAGGUCGUCAAGGUUCCUAUCGGUCCGUGGCCCCGAGACCCGCGCAUGAAGGAGAUCGGCCGCUACCAGCGCGAGCACAUGGCCAUGGGUAUUGAACCCUACACGCUGGGCUUCAUUGGCAAGAUCCUCGGCUGGUCAGAGGACGAGUGCCGCGUCCUGAUUGCGCAGGUCACAAACGACGUGCGCCGGAAAGACGUGCACAUGUACAUCAAGUUCUACUUCGUGCACGGCAGGAAGGCGCCGAGCGCGCAGUACUGAGGGGUAGCAUUGUCUCAGGGGCGCUGUUGAAUGGUACUUAGCGACGACAUAGGACACGGUGUGCAUGCGAGGGAUAUAAUGGGCAAAAAGUCUUGACGCUUCUAC